AAUUUGAAAAUUGAAAAAUCAUAAUAAAGUGGAGUAUUACAAGUUAUGGUUUAAAUCUGACAACUUGUGAUUAGUGUCCAUGCUGGAAUCCCUAACAGGAAAUGUAUUUUUAAAAUAAAAAUUUGGGUUUGUAAAUUUUUAAUGUAAUUGGUGACUUUUUUUAUUUUAAUUUUUUUACAGAAUUCUUAAAUUGUUUUUAAAGGAUGGUUUGAAAUGGUCAAAAAUAUGAAUUUUUUUCCAUUCUUUUGGGAAUUACAGUAUAUCAUGGAAUUUCCCCAGUAGUAGUUAGGAUGGUUUGAAUCACUUGUGAAAUUGUGUAUUAUUAAAUGUUUUCAUUAAUGUAGGGAUGUUCUCAACUUCUCAGGGACAAUAUGGAAUGCACCCCCCCCCCAAAAAAAAAAAGAAAAAUUAGGGGUCUUGGCAUGGUUUGAAUCUGGAGCAAAUGGGAAUUUAGAAACUAUAUUAAUUUGAUAAUUUGCACAUGGAUGAUUGAAUUACAUCAUAAAUUGGAUUGGCGUACGAUAGGAUUUUGGGAAGUUGGCAUUGUUUGCAUCAUAAGAAAACUGGUGAAGUUGUAAAAAUUUGUUUAUCUGGGUCUGGUAGGGUUCUCCUGGGAGAAUGGAAAUACUCAAAAUAAACAGUUUUUUUUUUUUUUUUGGGUGGGGGGAUCAAUGAUAGGAUUCACAAAAAUUGAUUUAAAAUUAACGUCAUCUAUAACCACCAGAUGGCAUCACAGCUCAGCAUAUUGUAUGUGGAAAAAAACUAUUUUAUACAGGUAAGUGAACAAUAAAUUUACCGAGUGGAUAUUAAUCAUAGUAUGUAUAUGCAUGUACCUUUCCGUUCGCCUAAACAUUAUUUGAGUGAUGUGACAUUUUAAUCAUUUUUUUAUUCAACAGUAUCUAAAAUACUUGAUUUGUGUGUGUAGCUUUCCACAUUUUUUGUAUUCGCCAAGUUGUGUUCACAGAGCAUUUCCACCCGUUUCAGGUGAUCCAAGAAACAAGCCCGCCAUCGCUUCCCUCUCCGGUCAUGUGCGUUCCUUUCCCCCGCAGCAUGUCUCCACUUCCCAUGCAGCCGGGCUCCGUCGUCACCGGCGGCCGGCCAGCAGCUCCACUAAGUCGGUCAAAGAGCGGACUGACUUACUGACUGACUGCCUGUCAGUAGGGGUAAGUGCAACACCGCUGGGAGCUUUGUUCCAGUGUCUGCAUCACAGCACCGAGCCCGAACCGCGGUCUCCUUGCCGGGCUUGGGUUCUUGCCAAAGACCCGCUGACCCACAUUCUUAUCUAACGCGGCGCCGGAGCUAAGCUAACCAGCGAGCCGGCUAGCUUCGGGAAAAGUAGGUUGAUGCUCGCUUCUCUGAAGAUUGACGCGUCGCUUUUGGAAACUUCUUCGUUUCACCGGUACGAGGAAAAUUCAAGUUUUAUCCUCCAAACGCCGUACGAGGGGUGCCUUAGAAAGUUCCCGUUAAACCUAACGAUCAGAUGAAGACUUGGCACGAGAUCUGGACCGCCGCGCCAAGCUGCCGCGACGUGAGGAGGUCAAAGUAAUUUCCCAUGUCGCUGCCAUGUGUCGGGUAUCCGCGCCGAGUCGAGCCCAAGACUUUUCGGCAGCUCUCGACCCGCUGAUCCAGGACGCCGCCAGCGGCCGCGUCUGCCUCAACUCACCGUUUUUCCGCUCUCCUCCUCCUCCUGGUCCUUUCUCCUGACAGGCUCGGCUUUCCUGUCCGUAAGGACCCGAUCUGACAUGGUAACCUUGAAAAGGCUCAAAAUGACCUCAAGCAUCGAUCAGGAUGACGGUAGUAGCAUCUUUGGUUUGAUGGACGACGAUGAAAAGGACAAAGCGAAACGCGUAUCCCGCAAUAAGUCUGAGAAGAAGCGGCGAGAUCACUUCAAUGUCCUCAUCAAGGAGCUGGGAACCAUGUUGCCGGGCAACACCCGUAAGAUGGACAAGUCCACCAUUUUGCAGAAAAGCAUCGACUUCCUGCAGAAACAGCAAGAAAUCUCCGCUCACUCCGAGUCGACGGAGAUCAGGCAGGACUGGAAGCCUCCGUUUCUCAGCAAUGAGGAAUUCACGCAGCUGAUGUUGGAGGCAUUGGACGGCUUCUUCCUCGCCAUCACGACCGACGGGAACAUCAUCUACGCUUCAGAGAGCGUCACGUCACUGCUGGAGCACCUCCCUUGCGAUCUUGUGGAUCAGAACCUAUUGAACUUCCUGCCCAGGGGGGAACACUCAGACAUAUACAAGUUGCUAUCCUCGCACGUCUCCGAGGGCGAGACACUGACGCCCGAAUAUCUGAAGACCAAGAACCAGCUCGAGUUCUGCUGCCACAUGCUGCGAGGGACGAUGGACCCCAAAGAACCGCCCGUGUACGAAUACGUCAAGUUCAUUGGAAACUUCAAGUCCCUCAAUGAUGUGCCAAACUGCGCUCACAAUGGCUUCACGGAGGCCGUCUUCCAACGAACGCUCCACUCGGCCUUUGAGGACCAGCGGUGUCUCGUUGCCACUGUGCGGCUCGCCAAACCCCAAUUUAUCAAGGAGAUGUGCACUGUGGAGGAGCCCAAUGAAGAAUUCACCUCCAGACACAGUUUAGAGUGGAAGUUUCUCUUCUUGGACCACAGAGCUUCACCUAUUAUAGGUUACCUGCCGUUCGAGGUGCUGGGCACCUCCGGUUAUGACUACUACCACGUGGACGACCUGGAUACGUUGGCCAAAUGCCACGAACAUCUCAUGCAGUACGGCAAAGGAAAGUCCUGCUACUACCGAUUCCUCACCAAAGGGCAGCAGUGGAUUUGGCUCCAGACUCACUACUACAUCACCUACCACCAGUGGAACUCCCGGCCGGAGUUCAUCGUCUGCACUCACACUGUGGUCAGCUAUGGUGAGGUGAGAUCGGAACAACGGAGAGAGUUCGGACCAAAAGCGUCGCCGCCGGAAAUGACUGCAGACAAGCAGUCGCAGGACUCCGGCCUCGAGUCGCAGCGCAACGCCUCCAGCCUCAAGGAGGCGCCGGAGCCCUUCAGCCACAGCGGAACGCCUUCUGCGUCAUCGCACAGCUCGCGCAAAUCCUCGCACACGGCGCCGUCGGAAGUGAACCUCCAAGGGGACCGGGGCACGCCGGGUCGCCAGUCCGGAUCCAACGCAGGCGUCCCGUCCCAAAGAUCGUCAGUCGACAGUCAGUCCGUGAACUCCCAGAGCACAUUACGGACAUCGAUGGUUUCGCAGCAACAAGUUGAAACCAGUUCCCAAGCGGCAGCGGCGGUCCAGUUCUCCGGCCAGCUGGACACCGUGCAGCACAUGAAGAAGCAGCUGGAGCAGCGCACACACGCCAUUGAGACCAACAUUCAGCGGCAGCUCGACGAGCUGUGGAGGAUCCAGCAGGAGCUGCAGAGGGUGCAGGAGCAGAGCCUGCAGAUGCUGGUGCAAAAAGGCGCCGUCAACAUGACCGCCGUGCAGGUGGCCCCUGCGCUCAGCGUGCAGGGCCCGGUGGUCUCGGCGGGCCCGCUGCAGACCAGCAUCCCUCAACAACAACAACAACAACAACACACUAUACAACCCCAACAGAACAUGACACAGCCCCCGCUGGCGACGUCGCUGUACAACACCCUGAUGAUCCCGCAGCAAAACCCCACCAACAUGCUCCAGAUCGCCAGCAGCCUGCCGCCCAACACGGUCGCCAACCCGCCCACCGUGGCCACCUUCACCCAGGACCGCACCGCCCAGAUUAGGUUUCCGGGCGCACGCCAGCUGCUCACCAAGCUCGUGACGGGCCAGAUGGCGUGCGGGGCGGUCAUGGUGCCGUCCACCAUGAUCAUGGGUCAAGUGGUGACGGCGUUCGCCCCCCAGCCGGCCCCCGCGCAGCCCUUCGGCAUUGCCCAGCAGCCAAUGCAGCAACAGGAGCAGCAGGGUCCGCCGCGGAUGCUUCACGGCAGUCAGCUGAUCCUGCCUGCGGGGGCGUUCCCGCUGCAGCAGGCGGCCGCGUUCGCCACAGCCAACCAGCAGAAACAACAGCAGGACCACCACAGGACGGACACUUAGACCCGUUGGACGGUCUUGCAGGCGCAGUAGCUGCUUAAAGCCACCGGGGGUGUGGACUGUGCUGAACACUUAAAAGAGCCCCCCUUUGCACUGAAGCCCGCAAUGGUGCCCCCACCCCACCCCAACCCACCCCACCCCCGGAGGUUGCAUCACUUUCAUCACUUUAUGCCAGGGUUUCCCCAAACUGAUUCACCUCGAUCAAUUCAUUUACCCACAAUAAUCCCAAAAAUGUCCACGAUAUUUGGUUCUCAGGUGAAAUUUGGAAAUUUCUAAAAUGGCCUUUACGGGUGAACCGUGACAGUGGGGGUUUUGGGCUCAUAUUUUCAGUUUUUACAGGUGGUGUGGAAAUCAAAUGAGUGUUUUUAUACAGGACAGUACUGUGGUGAGUACAGUCUUUUUUUUAAAUUGUGAAACACAAAAAAAAGUCUUUUUGUUUGAAGGCCAGAACAAAUUAAUAUUACUUCCAUUCAUGUCAAUGGCGAAAGAGGAUUUCAGAUCUGAGUACAUUUAGUUACGAGCAUGAUCAUGCAAGAAAAUGAACUCAUAACUCAAGGCACUGGUGCAUUUACUGGGAGACGCUAGAAGAGCCGCAGAAAGGGUCAGAUAAUGGAUCUGAGCCGCUUAUCCUCACAAGGGACGCGGGUGUGCCGGAGCCUAUUCUAGCUAUCUUCGGGCAGGAAGCGAAGUACACCGUGAACUGGUCGCCAGCCCAUCGCAGGGCACAUACAAACGAACAACCGUUCGCACUCACAAUCACACCGAGGGGCAAUUUAGAGUGUCCAAUUAAUGUAUGUUUUGGGGAUGUGGGAGGAAACGGGGCGGGGCUGGGAUUUGAAGGCCAGUCCUCAGAACUGCACGUCAGACGCUCUUAACUAGUUGCGCCACCAUGCCGCCAAAAAAGGCACCGAUGUGAAGAAAUGUACAUUUAUCUCCUUGUUAGCAAGUCGCGCAUAAAACAGUUGGAUGUGCAUUCCAAAGUUGAGACAAGGUCAAAGGUAAACUGUAUCAUGCAUUUUAGGAUCAUCCUGAAAUUUCCCCUAAAAACUCCCCUAAACCUUUUUGUGAGUGGUGUAUGACGUGUGUUUUAGUUGAUUACAACAAACACGUCAUGACCCAAUCAAAAUGAAUCCCCAGCCCUUUUUCGCGCCCCCGGCCCACAGUUUGGGGAACCCGGAUUUAUGCAAAAGCUCUCGCAAAACCCCCUUUUUUUUAACCCCCUAUGAACUAUUUUUAGAAGAAUGUGCCCUCGUUUGGACUUUUGACUACUGAGGGUCACAUACUACAUAAUAUAUACACAUGCAUUAUAUAUUAUAUAUAUAUAUAAUGUAAAUACUUAUAAAUGGGGGAGGGAGGACUAUUUUAUAUGACACAUGACGGUGGAUCUGCUCUUUUUCUAGACAUUUCCUCUGAUGACAAUCCUUACAUAAAGUUUGCCAAAAAUGCUUCUGAUCUUCUGACCUAUUUUUUUGGGGGGGGAGGAGGGGGGGGUUAAUGUCCUGACAAUAACAAGCCUCAUAUCCGCUCCCCCACCCCCACCCCCCUAACCACAUCCAACGUGCUACUUCUGGUUAUUUAAACAGUUAUGCUCCGGCUUUAUAUAAAAAAAUAAAAUAAAAUAAAAAUGUAAUGAUCACACAGCUUCAUCAUGCUUUCAUUUAAAGAUAUCAUGUCACUGAAAAUACAUAUUUAAUAUUUUUUGGGGGGGUAUGUCUUUUAAAUCAUUGUCACAAUAAUUUCCAAAUCUGCUGUACGGAAACCCUUUUGGACAAUUGUUCCAUAUCUUUCAUAUCCGGUUUACGAUGUACGCUCUUCAUCCGAACUAUUAAUCUAAUUUAACACACUUGUAAAACAACGGCUCGUGCUAGUAGCAUUUUCCCACGGCUAGUGCCAAUCUUGGCCUCCUAGUAAUAAUACCGUAAUAUACUUACUAGUACACUAGGGGCCUGGAGGCUACUAGUGCAUGACAAAUAUAGUAGUUUGGGAUGAUAGUGUCACUAGUGAUGUUAUUUUAUCACUUGAUUGAUUUGAAGUAUGUUUGUAUGGUGACCAUAAGUGGAAUAUAUGUACCAAGGAAGUGACUUUUACCGGCCCUUUUAGCGCGGUGCUAGCGUGUUGCUGCUGCGUUACUGGCGUGUCUUAUGGAUAUUUACCGGUAAGUUUUAUUUUAACCGGCCCUGUUAGCGCGGCGCUAGCGGUAGCACUAGCAUUAGCUAACACCGCGCUAGCGUUAAAUUCUUUCUGCGUAAAUAUCUCGUGUUUCAGUUUGUGGGUGUCAAUGUGGGCACUUGCGGCUUUUACACAGUUGCGUGUAUUUAUGUAUAAAUAGUAUUUUCUUUACAAAUGUGGUGAGGCUUGUAACCGCUCUGUAGGCCGGGAAUUACGGUAAUUGGCGUUAAAAAUAAUGCAAGCAAGUCUGAUAGCACUUUUAAUGCAAAGGACGUGUAUAUAUAAAUGCAGUACAUAUAUAGUACAUAUCGCAGAAAAUAAAA